CCUUCCGAUAUAACAACGUGAAACAGAAAGUUGAGAAGGAUUGCAGUAACACAAAAACUCCAAAAUGUUGUAUUUAGAAGAUUAUUUAGAAAUGAUAGAGAAUCUUCCUAUGGAAAUGAGGGAAAAAUUAACAGAAAUGAGAGAAAUGGAUUUACAAGUUCAAAAUGCCCUGGAUAGUUUAGAUGAGCGAGUUAAAUCUUUUUUCAAGAAAUGUAUUCAAACAAACGUCAAAUCUGAAUCAAAGGAAGAAGAAUUUGAGAAAAUUAAACAGGAUUAUUAUAAAUCUCUAGAAGAUGCAGAUGAAAAAGUACAGUUAGCCAACCACAUUCAUGAUUUGGUUGACAGACAUUUGCGUAAAUUAGAUCAAGAAUUGUCAAAGUUUAAGAUGGAGCUAGAAGCUGACAAUAUGGGUAUAACUGAAGUCUUAGAAAAACGAUCAUUAGAAUUAGACAAACAGCCCUCAAUUAACAGCCACCGAGCCGAAAAGAGACGGAUUCCACCUUCUCAAGCUACUGUAACAAAUCACACAGAGAAGAGGAUCACAACAGAAAAAGUCCUGUCCUCACUGGCGCACGAAGCUGCAAGGGAGACAAUUGGAGCACGAAGGCAGUCCAACUCGGGGUCGAACUCACCAGCCAUGCCCAUGUUUAACUCCACACCAGCGCCAUCACUGACUUAUAGUCUGGGUCACAUGGGAGCAGGAAGCAAUGCAGCUAUAGCAGCUGCCGCAUCUCAAGCCAUAGCAGCAACACAACAUGUGAUGCAGCAGGGCAGAAGAACUCCAAGUAUGAAAGCUAGCUAUGUGGCAAUGUCAAGAACUGCUGACCUUGCCAAAGAACUCUCCAUUCCAAAAGAAGCGGGUUACAACUCACAACCGUCAACACCUACUUCUAGUCAUGAACCAACACCGAAAGUACCUCGACAGAAAAAACAAACAUCAAAAGCAGCUCAGUUACUGCAGCAUCAGCAACAGCAACAGCAGCAGCAGCAGCAACAACAACAACAGGCAGUUCCUGCCCAACAGCCAAGCAUACCUACACCCAGCCCCCAACAACAGAUACCUCCCAUACCCCCACCCUCACGCCCCCAGCCUACUCAACCAGUUGUCCGAGAUGCUGCCCCGGCAGCUGAGGAGGUCAGUACAGAGCUACAAAUUGUGGAUGAGCAUGGUACCCCCAUCGACUGGCAGAAUGAUCCGAACGAGCCACGUUACUGUCUAUGUAACCAGGUGUCAUAUGGAGACAUGGUUGGCUGUGAUAAUGACGAUUGUCCAAUAGAAUGGUUCCAUUAUGGAUGUGUGGGACUGACACAGGCUCCAAAGGGCAAGUGGUACUGUCCCCAGUGUACAGCAGCCAUGAAGAGACGGGGACGUAGAUGAUAAACAUGUCACCAUAGACUCAAAACUUUAACAAACUUUAGUUAACGGUGUAAAUGUUGUUGAAAUCCUGGUUUAAAAACUUACAUGUAGUGCAGUAGAUCUCCCUUUAACUGUCAUCAAUAUUUACUCUACCUGUGUCCUCUUUAUCUUAUCUUCAGCACUGAACGUGUGAAUUUGGAAUCAAUUACACAUUUAUUUUGAGAGAUUUUUUCAAGGAUUUAGAUGUAAUUUUCAUAUCUGUAAUUUAUGGCAUUCAAACUAGUUGAUUUAAAUGGUCAAAGUGGUAUGGAGCUAUUUCGCAGAAGAGAAAACAUAGGUACUUUGUUUGUUUGCCGGGUUUAUUGCCCAAUAAACAGUCAGGAGUAAGAAGUUGGCCUCAAAAUGCACAGAAUUUUCAGUAAUAUAUAAAAAAAACCCACAAAAUUCAUGCAUUCUAAUUACAACAUUUUCUGAAGUACAGAUCUGUAUAUUUGUGCACCAUCCUCGUUUUAUGUAGAAAUACUGAAAACUAACAAAAAUUAGCCAUUCAGUUCAGGAAAGGCAUAGCUGGGCCGAUAAAACUGCAUGUGCCAAAAAUUUUCUGGGCCAGCCAUCAAUCCCGAACUGUGGCUUUUGUUCGCAUUCAGGUUCACUUGUUUCGACUUUUUACUCAAAAGUUCUUUUGAAGUGUGUUGUUAUGUUCACAUAGAAUCAAAUAUAAUGUUAAGUGUUCAUCAAAUAACAGAGGUAUAAAGACAACAGUAAUUUAUAGAUAUUCACAAAUAUAUACGUUUGGCAUCUUCCUGUAGGUCAUCGUGGGGACUUUAUAUAUUACUACAGGAUUGAGUUGUAAUGUGUCUAUCUGUCCUUCCACACCUAGCUUGUUCAGACUCUAUCUCAUACAACUUGUCGUCACUGGAACUUAAUACAUUGUACUUGAGGUAUUGGUUAUGUUCUUGUCGUAUCCUCAAUUAUUCUAUUGUGUUCAAUUUUUAAAAAAAUUGUGUGAUUAUACAGUACAUACACAUAUCCAGGUCAGAAGUAGCUGUACAUAUCAAAUUAUUCUUAAAAUGUUUUCCUGGCAAAAAAUUGAGUAUAUUGAAUGAUUUAUAGAUUGUCACAGACACAGUACUCACAUGUAUGUUUUUUAAUCGAUACAGAUAUCUGUCUGAAGUUGGAGCAGCUCAGAAUACAAUUAAAUACAAAUUUUACUUCUUGCAGCUAAAUUAAUGAAAGGUGCUUGUUACAAAUAGAUUGCUAAGUUGAAAAUUAAGAACCAUGUUAGGGUUUUACAUUCAGCCAAAGGUCAAGGUCAUAAUUGUAUUUCAGAUGUUAACACGGAUACCUUUUGGAUGCAGUCUUUUCAAACAGAAUCACACAAGAGACAAAAAAACUCUUAUCUAUUUGGUAUUAGUUGAUAGUUAUUGUUUCUUUGAUUUAUGUAAUAUGAAAUAAAAAUUCUCUAAUCUAGAUUUUGCAUUUUACAGUAAUGCAGUGUACAAUGUUUCAUUAAAUCAAGAAUCUUUAAGGAGCCAAAAGACGUAGCUCAGACUACAGAGUACACAAUAUCAUUUUUUUCUGUAUAUGUAUGUGUACUUGUGAGCAUGCUUGUGUGUUUACCAGUGAUGUGUUUCAAAUACUGUAAACAAAAAAGUAUCAGCUAUGAGUAGGACUUUGAUUUAUCUAUGACAGCAACUCAAAUGGAGUCCAUGUAGCUUCUUUCUCUAUGUAUCAUGACAAUACAUUAUCUCGCAAGUUGUAACGGAUAAAGGUAGUGAUUCUUAAACAGCGUGUAUUUCAUCAAUAAAAGCUGAUAUUUGGACCAAUUUUAUCGAGAUGGUUAGCUAUAUCCUUCAUAAAACAUUUUCCUUGUAGUUCAUCAGAUUUUUAUUACAUGUUAAACUGUAUUAGUAUUUAACAGUAAGCCUUUCCUGGAAAUAAGCCCACUCAUACCUAUUGCUGUUCAAUGUAAUUACUGUUGAUGUAAUGAUGCUGUUUUGUAACACUCCAUCACCCUGACUUGCUGUAAGUGGUCAGAGGGUAAGUGUUGGUCCUGGUUGGUGACUUGGCUUAUUGCUGGAUAAAUACAGGGUUCCAGUGUCAUCAGAGGUUGUAAAAGUAGGAGUUUCAGCCUCAUAAACUUUUUCAUGUGUAGUGGUUUUCAGUGUGAAUGCUCUAUUGUUACCAAAAUUAAUGCUCGACUACCCUUAGCAGUAUGUAUAUAUUCUCUGAAUCCAGAAGUCAAAUAUUCCAAGAAUUUCAUAUGGUGGUAGACGUGUACAAUGUAGAUUUUAAAUAGAGAUUUGAUAAGUUCAAUGUCAAGGUCAUUGUUCCUAAAACUACAACAUGGUGAUAUGCUGCCUGGUACAUGUAUAUGAUAUAUAUAUAUACAUGUAUAUUAGUGAUAUAAACAGUUUUAACAAAUCAAUUCUUUAUCUAGUCUUUUGCUGUAUUAUGUAUUGAUGGAAGUUAAGUUUUCAUACUACGUACCGUAUUUAUAAGUAAACAUUUGAAUGCAUUACAGAGAACAAUUGUUUGAAUGAUUAUAUCCUGUUGAAUGUUAUCAGCAAGUGUUGAGUGCUUAUUACCAUAAUAAUGUAUCAGGAUUUCACGACAUGAACUAGAUAUAAAAAAUCAUGACAUGCAUGACAAGUUAUUAUAAAUUUUGACAUAGUUCCAGUAGCUACAAGCUUACCAGGUAUGUGUCACUCAAACUGAUAAUCAAAACCUUGAAAAAAAAUAUUAAAAAACUGAAUAAGUUAUUGAU